UAUACACACAUUUGCGAAAGGAUUACAUCAAAAUAGCGUUAAGAUAAUUACUUUUUUGUUUUCUGUGCUAGACGUUUUAAAAAAACUUGUAAAUAUUGUUUUAUUUUCUGGCAACGAUGGGCCAUCUGAUUACCUACCACAUCUGUUUUGACUGUCGGAGCUUUGCCUCUCACUGUCAAAAAUCUUUACCCGAUAAGUCGGGGCAAAUUCUAGAGGACCCAAAGUCUCUCUAUCCCCGGCAUUGGAAUGAAGUGGAGCAAGGAACGAAUCUUUAGAGACUGGUGUCAUGUUCCGCUUGUCAUUGUUUCUUUGUUUUGCGUAAUGUGGGGUGUGGAUGUCGUCCUUAAGCACAUUCCACCUCUGCGGUCGUUUCCGGCCAGUGUAGCCAGUAUGCUGUUAUUGUUCGUUUUACUCCUUAUCUUUGACCGCCUCGAUGCUCGACGAACUUCCAAGCUGGUAUCCGUUCUUGAGCCCGGCACUGGAUUUGUUCUGCGCUGGAUCAAUAUCUUUUUAAUGCCUUCCUUCCUGAACUUGCCUACAAUUGAGCGGCCUACUGCGAAAGAAGUUGGUGAAAUUGCCGUUGUCUUUAUUGUAGGCUAUCUUUGCUUUGUGACGGCAUCCACCUUGCUCGUACGUGCCUUCCGCAUAGUAUCACCCUUCAAAUACCUAUCUCGAAAGCGAGAUGAAGAUAUUGCCAGAACGGACGAUGCCGAGCAGAUAGCACAGCAUGUCAACCGCGAAUUUCAAUUGGAAACGGAAGGAACUGAACAACAGAUUGAGGAAAUUGAAUUGAAUCGUAUACCCACCAAGACCGAUUCCUCCAUACUUACAUCCAUUUCUGACUUGCAACUUGGCCGUCCUCCAAGCCUAUACAAUUUACCAAACGAUGAUCAUCUCAAUGCUACAGAUAACCCCUCUGAAACAGUUGACAAUAAAUCAGAAGCACUGUCCUCCACACAAGGCGUACUUGAGCAACAACCUGCCAAAUCAAAAUGGAAGAGAGCAACAUCAUAUAUUUGGCAGCGUUUGAAAAUUGCUCAUCUUGUAUAUAUCACUAUGCUUGUGAUAUCAUUCAUCAUUUACUUGCCUGUAUCCACAGAUUCACCCAUUUACCUGCUCGUUUUAUUACCCCUCUAUCUUUCCAUGACGAUUCUGUCCUAUUACCUGGCGCUUCAAGUUCCCGAACGUAUUCGCUUUUUCCUUCACCCUAUCAUUAGUGCCUCGGCCAUUGUCAUGUUGGGUAUGGAAGUCACCGAGGCCAUCAAAGGAGGCAACUUGCUGACGGGUCUGUCUAAAUAUUCCACCGGCGCGAGGUAUUUAACUCUUUUGGAGGGGACUUCUCAAGGUCGUAUACCUGGAGCUGGCGAUGUCCUAUUCUCGUUGUUGGAUUGCAGCAUUAUCAGUCUUUCAACCGUCAUGUUCCGAUACAGGAAGGAGCUGAAAAAGCAUGCAUUCGAGAUGCUAUUAACUAUACUUUGCAUGUCUAUUGCAAGUCUGUUCACCUUGCCUCUCUUUGCUCAUGCCUUAGGAGUGUCACCCGCCAAAUCUCUCUCUCUCGCUCCUCGGUCUGUGACAACACCGCUAGCCAUGGUGGUCGCUACCAUGUUGGAAGCCGAUGCCAAUUCUACGGUCUGCUUUGUUAUUUUGACCGGCAUUCUAGGCACGAUUUUAGGGCCAUACCUAUUGAAGCUUUUGCGAGUAAAGGAAGAUGACUAUGUCACUAUUGGCGUAUCCAUGGGGAGCGCCUCACACGCCAUCUCUACAGCUAGUCUUUUGCGAACAAACCCGCGCGCAGCCGCCAUCGCUUCUUUAUCUUUUGUCAUUUUUGGAACCAUUUUUGUAAUUCUUGUAUCUAUUCCUGUAAUUCCUCAGACUAUGAGACAGUUGGUUGGAUUUUAGUGAAGGAAUCCAGCAGAUGUAUGUUGAUGCUCCUGAUAUAAAUACCCCUUUUAGAGACAAUGCGGGCAUUUUUUUCUAUAGUUUACUUUUUUUUUAUGUACAUCUUGAUAUUAAACAUUGAUGGAUUAGCCAAAGCAGCCCA